GUCCAUGGUGUCGGAGGUGAGGAGCACGCCUCAAGGGGCCGCGCCCUUUCGGAUGGGGCUUUGAGAUGCGCCAUGCACCGCUUCCGCUUGUCCACGGAGCUGUGCCGGCAGUUGGAAUCUCGUUUCCGGGCUUGGCCCGUGGGCCGCGGGGAGGUCCGCGGCAUUGUGGAGGCCAAUGACGCCAUAGUCGCGCGAGGGGGCUUUUUUGCCGCCGAUGAGUGGCAGGCCAUCCCAGUCCCAGUGGUUGAAGCCGUUCAGUGUCCGGAGACCUUGGAAGCGCCUGCUUUGCGCUUCGAAGUGACGGAGAUAUGCUGUGCCAACAUCGACACCGUGUCGGCGGCCUUGAUGCUGGGAGACGCCUGCGCCUUGAAUUUCGCCAACGCCGACACCCCAGGAGGCCGCUACCGUAGUGGUGGCUUGGCCCAGGAGGAGGAUCUGUGUCGGCUACUGCCUCAGCUCUAUCCCGCAUUGGCCUCAUGCUCAUAUCCAAUUCCCCCUGGUACAAGUCUGGUUGCGCAGAAUCUGCUGGCAGUGCGCCAGCCUGGGACCUACGCGACCUGCGCUUCUCUUGGCCUUGUCACAAUUCUGUCCGCUGCGAUGCCCUGCGGAGCUCGCCGGCCCAAGAGCGGCUGGGCCGGAUCUGAGUGGGCAGACACCGUCACCCUGCGCAUCCGCUCGGUGCUGCAUGCCGCCAAGCACACUGGCCACGCCAACGUCGUGCUGGGCGCCUUUGGAUGCGGGGCUUUUGGCAAUCCCGCCGGGCAUGUGGCGGCCAUCUUCCGCGAGCAGCUGAUGUCUCCGGAGUUCCGGGGCGCCUUUGCCACAGUCGUUUUUGCCAUCAUAGACCCCAUGGGCACUGGCAACCUGAAGCCAUUCCGACAGGAGCUGGCCAAGAUCCAUCAAGGCCCAGUGCCGUGCGCGAUACAGGAGCAUCCCGACGGGGAAGAAAAAGGAGUCGCAGUAUGCUCAGCGUGGGCAGCACCCCCUCCUCCCCAUGUUCCUAGUCAGAAUGCCAAUGCUCGCCCACUUCUUUUGAUUGGCUUAGGGGGUAUUUUGGUUAGGUUGCGAGCUUGCAGAAGACGGUGUGAUUUGCGUCGUUUCUUUAUUCACUUGACCACCCUUUCAGAGGAAGGCAAGUAUUUCAUAUCAGUGGUCCAGCAGUUCAGCGUUUUGCGUCUUUUGCUGGCUUCAAGAUUGCGGAUCCUUUAUCAAGGACUCAAAUACCUCCACGACACCAAAGGGGUGCGGUCAUAUCCGAUCGGGCAGGUGCCAUUCAGGUUGUCCCUUCCCCCGUGGCCUAGCAACCUCUUCAAAGACCGACACGUUGGCCUAUAA